GUCCGUUUCCGGUUUGUGUAGCGCAGCUGCAGCUCUGGUGUAACAGCUGACAACCAGCUGAAAGUACGGCAGCAUUGAGUCCAGAAACCUUGUUUGUUGUCACCACAGCGCUCACAAUGGCUGUGGCCAUGAGUUCAACGUGUCCUGGCAUGUACUGUGGCCGGAUGAUGGUCAACGGAACAGUGGAGGGAGAGUGUGGUGUUUGUCCUCGUGGAGAGCGGGCCAACCUCCAGAAUGUGUGUGAACGCUGCCUUGAGUCCCCCGAGCUGUACGACUGGCUGUAUCUGGGCUUCAUGGCCAUGUUACCCCUAGUGUUGCACUGGUUCUUCAUCGAGUGGUACUCUGGAAAGAAGAGUUCCAGUGCUCUGCUGCAGCACAUCACAGCCAUGUUGGAGUGCAGUGUUUCAGCUGUGGUCACCCUGCUGGUCACAGAGCCAGUAGGAAAGCUCAGUAUCCAUUCCUGUCGGGUCCAGAUGCUGUCAGACUGGUACACCAUGCUGUACAACCCCAGUCCAGACUACAUCAACACAUUACACUGCACCCAGGAGGCCGUCUACCCACUCUAUACCAUUGUGUUGAUUUACUAUGCAUUCUGCUUGGUGCUGAUGAUGCUGCUGCGUCCUCUGCUGGUGAAGAAGAUAGCAUGUGGUCUGGGCAAAUCUGAUCGCUUCAAGAGCAUCUAUGCUGCUCUGUACUUCUUCCCCAUCCUCACUGUGCUGCAGGCUGUGGGAGGAGGGCUGCUCUAUUAUGCGUUCCCGUACAUCAUACUGGUCCUGUCUCUGGUAACACUGGCUGUUUACAUGUCUGCCUCUGAGAUACAGUCUUUUAAGAACCUGGUUGCCAAGAAGAAGCGUCUGGUAGUCCUGUUCAGCCACUGGCUGCUCCACGCGUACGGCAUCAUCUCCAUCUCCCGAUUGGACAAGCUGGAGCAGGACCUGCCGCUGUUGGCCCUCGUGCCGGGCCCCGCCCUGUUCUACAUAGCCACAGCCAAGUUCACUGAGCCCAGUCGCAUCCUGUCUGAGGGUGGCAACGGACACUGACAAAUCCAACAUGGAUACAGUUUCACACAUUGCUACAGUGCAGAUUUUUAGCUUCCAGCACUGAGGCAGCAGUAGACUGACAGCAAAGUGUUACGGAGUUUUCUGGGUUAAUGUGAUCAAACAUGCUCAACCAGUCAACGACCAUUUAGUGAUGACAUCAUGUGGCUGGGAAUGUUAUUUGACAUUGGGAAACAUCCCAAAACUCCAAAUUUGCUGAAGUACAUGAACACUUAAAGUUGGACAUUAAGUUAUAAUUACUUUAGGUCUGUAUAAUUAAUAUAACUCCAUUCAUGAUUUGUGAGCAGCACAGGUGGUGUCUGAUCUGUUGCAGGGUCAGUUUUUUUACACGGCUGAAUGCCAUCGUAUUUAUAAUAGUUUAACACACAUGUUCCCAUUGGAGUAUGACUCUUCACCGUCCACACUGAGAGCUGGUCACAGUGCUCACAUUAGUUUCUAUCUCAUGUUAACAUGGUCACAACUAAUGAUUCUGCUCUCUCUGACUAGAUUAAUUUAUCAAUUAUUUUUAAAUCAUUUCUCAUGUAAGUUAUAAAACUAAUGACAAAUGUCAAUGACAAGUUACCACACAGUGAUGUCUUUAAAAGACUCACUUAGUUUGAAGACCCAAACAGAGUGCUGCAGGAAUAAGUCCUAAAACCAGGAAGUGAGUUGGCACUUUAGCACUCCUGGUUCCUUCAUCUCAAAGUCAAUGUUUUGAUGUCUGAAAUAAGGUCUGUGGUUAACACAAGCUGAAGAGACUUUCAGGUUUUGUCCUAUGACAUAAAAAAACAUCAGUAAAUACCCCAAUUUUUGAACCUUUUUAUGUGUCUUAAAAAAGGUGGUCGCUAAGAAGUGGCUAAGGGGAGAUGACAUAAUGCCGUCAUGCCGAACACGGCUUUAAAGCCUCACUGUGGUGGUGACGUUGUAGUCACGUGACUGUGGUGUAGUUCGUUCAUUGCCCAACGUUAGCUUUUUACUUCUGCUGAUAGUGUUUACACUUCGAAAACCACACAGGUGGUGUACAUUGCCAAGAUUAUUGCUGAACAAAACGUGCAAGUGUCAUAAAUUUAUGUUAUGUCUGUUAUGUCAGAGGUUGUUUUUUGUUUUUUUUUUUUACUUCUGCGCCGGCCAACAAAAAAAAAGGUCAUCCCUGCAGCACUCUCUAGAUUUGAUUGACAGUGAUACAGAACAGAACAAAUCUGCAGAGGCUGGACAGUGUUUGGUUUUAAUGAGAUAAUGGAACUGAACAUUUUCUAGAAACUACAUCUUAUUUUAAAUCUGUUUUUGGACAAACAAAUCCUAAAUUCACUGUUUAUAACCUGCCUGUCUUAUAUUUAUUUGACCUUAUCCCAGAGUGUGUUGAGAGAUUUUUCUUUUCAACAUUUAUUCUCACCCUGUACAUCUUGUAAAUACAGUAAAUGUUGUAAAUGAAGGCUGAUGGUAUCCUGGUUGCUCAGACCACCUCAGGUUGUGGUGGGGAGAUUUACUGGGCCUCAUGUAUAUAAGUGUAAUAUAUAUAUAUCUGGGAUGUGCCGCUCAUGUAUUAACCAUUACGUUGGAGUCGCACAGUGGAGCAUCCAUUUUCUGAGAGAAAUACCUGGAAAUCUUAGAAUAAUCCAGCUCAAGUCAAGAGUGACAUGUCUAAUCUUACAAAACUCACCAUCUGGAUGAAAAAAUAUUUUUUCUGUUGAAUGAUAUAAAAGAUUUUUAACCAGU